AUGAACUCCCGUGAGCAGUCUGAUCUGCCUUCCGCCCCCUCUUACCCAUCUCCCAAUGGUGCGCAGAUGGCCCAGGGCGCUAUGCAGUACUACAGCAACCGCCAGCUGACAACCGAUGAGCUUCUAUCGGCUGAACUGUCGCGCGAAACAUCCGGCCCUGGCCUUGGUGACGGCUCGAGCAAUGGUGUCCAUCACGGUCAGUCGAUGGUUCUGGGCUCCAACAAUCCUGGCGACAUGGGUCGUCCCUCGUCAGAGGACCAACACGCGCAUCAGCACAUCCUCCAUCAGUUUACCCCAAGCCAGCAGGUCGGCGUGGACCCAAACCACGACCUUAGCUAUGGCGAACAGAGCGCGCGCAAGCGAUCGAAGAUCUCGAGGGCCUGCGACGAAUGUCGGCGCAAAAAGGUGCGAUGCGACGCGAGCUCGGAAACCGGCCUGGAAACAUGUUCGAAUUGUCGCCGUUUGGGAGUUGUCUGCCAGUUCAGUCGCGUGCCGAUGAAACGCGGCCCUAGCAAAGGUUACAUCAAGGAACUCGCCGAACGUCUUCAUACCCUCGAAAGUCAGAUGCAACCUGGAAUGGUCCAAGAUGUCCCCUAUCAAGGCAUGAACGAAGUUUCCCUCGGAAGAGGUUAUCAGGACUUCACAUCGCCAGUGGACACAGGAUCGGCCAAUCGCAAGAGAACCUACUCCGUUUUCGAGGGCCUCCCGAGCUCCUCAUUUGCCCAGCCUUCAUUCAAUACUCGCGGGUCACAGAAUGCUUUCGAUGGAGCAGAUGCGACGGCGGAUCCAUACAACCCGACUGUCGCCAGUGGCGCUGCGCCCAAGCCUGGGAACCUGUUCUGGAACCCAACUGGGUCGGAGCAAGAUCUGCCCACUGGUCUUGAGAUGACUGAGCUCCCCCGACACGAAGGAGACGAAGACAUGAGCCCCGUCACCCUCGACGAGACUGCCCUCGAUGUUUAUUACCAAGAAGUUCACACUCUCUUGCCAAUUCUCCCACAUACCAAAGAGCGCACGCUGGAGCUUCUCCACCAAUGCCAUCGCGAAGCCCAGGAAAUCUUCUGCUACGCGCUAUAUACGGUCACACGUACCGAUCUAACCCGCGUCGCGGGGAGCUUUGAAAGAGUAACCUCAUUUGGCCACGCGCAAGACUUGCUUCUGUUCCAUACUCGCCAACCAUUGAUUGUCCACUCGACACCUGUUAACUUGAUUUGGCUCCAGAGUCUUUUGUUGAUGACCAUCGACUGUGAUACACGAGGCCCGGAUAACUUGGUGGGCAAUGAUAGCGUGCCAAAGCACACUCUGGUGUCGGCCGCCAGCAAACUGGGAUACGAUCUGGCCAAGAGUCAGGGCCAGUUGAAGAGCAAGCGUGCUUCAGACCCUGAUAUUGACUCAGAAGCCAACCUCACUAGACGCAUUUACGUGUCGUUGAUCAUCUUGGCGCGGUGGUAUGCGAUUAGCGUAGCCGAUGCCACUGUCCUCAGUGGACAGGAGAUUGGCGGUCGUGAAGAUGAACGGGUUGUCGGUCAAAUUACGACAGGCAUUGCUUCUUAUUCGACCUUCCUUUCCGAGAUGGUUACAUUGGCCACCGUCGAGACUAACGUCUGCCAAACAAAUACAGGACUGGGCCGUAUGGUCGGAGCCAAUCUGGUCGCCUCGCUUGAGCGCCUUUCGGAUAUGGAGGACAUCUUCAAGAUCCACGAGCUGCCCGAAAACAGCACAGCCCGCCCUCUCUUCGAAAGCCUUCAAUCUCAGCUCUACUGGACUGUGCGUCUAUUGAUCAAACGCCAUGUAUUCGUCUACAGUCCAUACGAGAUUAUAUACUGCGCCCAGGAAGUCAUCAACGAGUUGCACAAAGCAACACACCAGAACCGGCUCCAAACACCCUUCGACCUGCACAGCCUGGCCCUCGCCUCAAUGACCCUCCUCGAAGCCACAGUCCUUCCGGAAUACGCAAACGAAUGCUGGGACUCUUUGCAAAAGGUCGAAGAAAUCCUCGACCGACGCUCGAAGCGCGCCGCCUCGGCGGCCGAAUUUGAGAACCUUUUCGGCACGCCUAGCUGGGACGCGAAGAUCCGGGUCUUCCUCGAGUGGCGCCGCAUCAAGUCGCAAGAGAGUCAGCUGCAGGAAUCGAUCGGCGCCGUCGCAAAGGUCUCCGGCCAAGGGUCCGGUUCUCAACCACCGAUGGGACCGAACGAACAACGCUCCCUCCAGCAUCUGGCCGAUCUCGCCGUUGGUGCCGAGGGCUCCGUGGCUCAGAAUGCGCCAUCUACCCCGCCGCCAGGUCUUUCUGCUGAGCACGGUGAGGGGUCGCCGAAUCUUGCUCCGCAGCUGAUGCAAUCGCAGAGUGGCCUUGGUCGCGUUAUCGUUGACUUCACCAUGCUUACCAGAGAGGGAUACUUGAAUGUCUUCUCUGGCUUAAUCUAUCGCCGGAACCGUUAG